AUGAUACUCUGUUUUGGUGGAAGUCUUAGGGUUUCCAGCAAGAUUCCGCUCCAGUUCACAAGGUCAGGUCAAAUCAGCAUUGGCUGCAUAAGAACAUUCCGGAGUUCAUCUCUGCAUCGGAUUGGCCCUCAGGAGUCCCUGAUCUCAACCCAAUCCGAACUGGAGAGGAUGUCAUACAACAGAGCACAUCCUAACUUGGAAAGCCUCAAACAAUCUCUGCUCCGAGCAGUUGAACGCUUUCCUCAAUAA